AUGGCUCCCAUUUUUACAAGGUACAGUACUGGGUCCCAGUGUGCCCCAAGGUACAGACUGGCUCCCAUGUUCUACAAGGGACAGUCUGGCUCCCCGGGGCCCCAAGGUACAAACGGCUCCCCGUGUUUCUACAAGGUACGUACUGCUCCCAGUGUGCCCAAGGCCACGAGAAAAACUCCAAAUUUUGGCCUGUUGUUCGACAUAGACGGCGUGAUAAUAAGAGGGAAGCGCAUCUUGCCGUCAGCUCCCGAGGCCUUUAACUUACUGGUAGACAAGUUCGGCCAUUUUCUCGUCCCGACCGUCUUCGUCACCAAUGCCGGCAAUGCCCUGCGUAGCGAAAAGGCCGACCAGCUCUCUCAGUGGUUGGGGGUCGAGAUUCACGAGGACCAGGUGGUUAUGGCACAUUCACCUCUCAAGAUGUUCGACCAGUAUUUCAACAAGCAGGUGUUGAUCUCCGGACAAGGCCCGACCCAAGAGAUAGCGCACAACCUUGGCUUUUGCAACACCACAACGGUAGAUGAAUUACGUCAGGCCUAUCCCCAGUUAGAUUGUGUGGACCACAAGAGACGUAGCAUAAAGCCAGUUGAAUCAGCACCACAUAUCCCCAAACUUGAUGCCAUUAUGUUGUUUGGAGAACCUGUGAGGUGGGAGACGUCGCUUCAGCUUCUCAUCGAUGUAUUGAUGACAGGAGGCGAUCUGCUGUCUAACCCCACAGCUCCCUAUCCGCACCUGCCUAUCCUGGCUUGCAACAUGGACUUGCAAUGGAUGGCUGAGGCACACAUGCCUAGAUUUGGGCAUGGUGCGUUCUUACUGUGCCUAGAAGCCUUAUACAAAAAAGUAACGGGUAACGAUCUGAUCUACACGGCGUUGGUCGGCAAACCUUCAGAAAUUACCUACUACCAUGCGGAAACUAUGGUCCAGCACCAUGCCAGGUCCAUAGGCAUUAAUCACCCUAUUACUAAACUUUAUGCGAUUGGAGAUAACGUACACACGGAUAUAUUUGGAAUGAAUCUGUACCAGGAGUACGUACGCAGGCAUCGAGGCAGCAAGAAACAUAUUGUUAUGCAAGGUGCAAGAGGUCUCGACCUGUCUACCCAUGACUUUAAAGGCUUCAUGGCAGACCAGUGUUAUUCUGUUCUAGUUAAGACUGGAGUUUACAACGGAGAACAGCUGCUGGAACACUCGCCACGGGACUUCCUUCCCGUCGAGUCCAAACUUCAAGAACCAUCUAUCACAGUUAAAUGUGUACUGGAAGCUAUCACUACCAUCUUCAAACAGGAAAACUUCUCUUGAAGGCAGACUUUGCCUUAACUGCUUGAUACAUCACUAUUCAAUUUAUAUUAAAUGUAUAUACAGUAAACCCACCGUAUAACAAACUACAGUAAAUCCUCAACAUAUGUACAUGUUCAGAAUCUUCUGUUAAGGACUUAUUGUAAUAAUGGGGAUGUUUGGUAAAAGGAUGCAUGUGCGACUUAUGUGACAUUUUAUCGUGACAACAUUCACGGUAACAACUUCAAGCUCCUGGAGAGUGAAACAUUGCCACAACAAACUGCCAUGCUAGUCGCUCAUGUGUCCUUUUUUCCUAAUACAUUUUCGGUAAUUCUACCCACAUUAUUUCAAUAACGGAGAUUCUCAGAGUGUCUAUUACAUCAAAAUAAUGUUAAAAAUCACAGAAAAGAACUAAAGUGAUUAGCCGUAGAGUAGUCGCCCUGUAUCGGUGGGUGAUACAUUCCAAAACCUAUCCCAAACCCUAUAAGUCAUUUUUCAUUUAUAUACAUACCUAUGAUAAAGUUUUCACUUAUGGGAAGCACUUCACAGCUUCUCUUAGGCUUUGAAGAGCUGCCACUUUUCCACUUUUGAGUCAUUAUUAAGCAAAAUUCAAAGUUAAAUUUUGGGCAAGGGUUAGCUGCAGAAACCGGACCUGUGGAUAUGGUAGUCCUACUCUAUAUUAAUAUAGUACUGUGCAGACAAUUUACAGAUACACUGCAAUAAACAGUUUAAAAAAGGAAUUUAAUGCACUUUUUACAUAGCGGAUUUUGCCUGUCAAACUCAUGGCAGGUGAGCCGUAAAACUCUCAGGCCGUGGAUUGGAACCUGAUCUUUUCUGUGACUAACUUGCAUUCAUGCUAUCACAAUUUCAUGAGUCAGAAGUCCCAUAUACCAAGGGUUUACUGUAUUAAUAUUUUAUUCCUGUGACCUCGUAUACUGUAUUCUAGAUUUUUUUCAGUAAUAAAUUAUCCUCCUUACUGGACGUAGCUCUUCCACAGAAGGAAAUUUUGGCUGGAAAAAAAUUAGAAAACUUUUUACAAAAAUAUAAUACACUCGCAUACAUCAUCCCUUAAUAAAUUUAGCACCAGCGGCAUUUUUGUCGAUCAGUUAUUUAUUGUUUUAUUGAGAGAUUUAUUAGAUGCACUGGAGCAUUAGCAUUAUGUAAUGUAUUCUGAACCUUAAUGACACAAUGAUGAGUCUAUAUAGAAGUUGAUGCAGUAUUAUAGUACUUAUUCUAGGUGUGUAUAGAUGAUCAGUUAUAGCAUAUAGUCCGGGUGUAUGUUAGCUAGCAUAUUACAGUAGUAUACUCUGAGUGUACACUAGUUACUACAGUAGUAUACUCUGGGUGUACACUAGUUAUUGUAUACACUCUGGGUGUACACUAGUUACUACAGUAGUAUACUCUGGGUGUACACUAGUUAUU